UUUGCAAACCACUCCUCCUGAUCCUUUUAGUUUUCUGCCUACUUUUCAGUUUUUUGGUUUUGUGGCCUUUUGACCCUGUUACAUUACACAAUAAUGUCUCAAACUUGGAGUCAUGGUCUGUUUGGAUGCUUCUCCGACAUUGGAUUGUGUCUUGUUACAUUUUUGGUCCCUUGCUACACUAAUGGUCGCAAUGCAGAGGCCACUGGUGAGAGCUGCAUAAUGCACGCCAUAUACUUCCUUAUACCUUUGGUUGGGUUUUAUUGUCACGCAACCACUCGUGGGAAAAUAAGAGAAAAGAAGAACAUUGACGGUACAUUUUUCAAUGAUCUGCUAUGUUCUAUCUGCUGUGCAUAUUGUGCACUGAUACAAGAAGGGCAAGAGCUCUCACCGUCAAGUUUUUCAAUGGCCAGAGAAUAGAGUCCAUAAAGACAUGCACACACAGUAACAUUGAACUCUCAGUGAUACAUGCUGUAUGUAUACUAACAGAAUGUUGGGAUUUUAUUUUUUUGUGUGUGUGUGUGUUAUUUUGGUGUUUUAUUGCUUUUAUUGAUUUGUAUAGCUAUUUGCAAUAAUAAAAAUAAUAAUAGUAAUGAUAAUAAUAAUAAUAAUAAUAAUAAUAAUAAUCUUCCUCCAUCUCCCCCUGGGUUUUUUGUCUGUUUGUUUAUUUGGUUUCUUUGUCUUAUAAUAAUAAUAAUAAUAAUAAUAA